AAUGAAAACAACUCGAGAUACAUUGAUAAGAAGAGCAAAUUUGUUAUAAUAUAAUUAUACUUUUGUACACAAAAAUACUAAUGUCUUCUAAAAAUUGCUACCAGCUGUGGGGAGGAUGUUUUGAGGAGAGCGCAUCAGCAGUUCUACGGCGUUUAAACGACUCUCUAGAUGUCGACUCCCGGUUGUUUCGUGAAGAUAUCCAGGGAAGUCGGGCUUGGGCCCAGGAAUUGCAUCGCAGCAACCACCUGACAGACGAAACUUACGAGGCCAUAAUACAGGGAUUGACUAAAGUUGAACAGGAUAUCGAGAAAGAAUUGAGUGAAAACGGUCGUUUGUUGGAUGGAGAAGAAGACAUUCAUUCAGUGGUGGAAUGCCGACUUAGAAAGUACUCUGGAGAUGCAGCUCUACACCUGCACACCGCAAGGAGUCGGAACGAUCAAUCCGCCACAGAUACCAGAUUAUGGAUAAGCUCGUCUGCUCAACAUCUUCGUAAAGAACUCAUUCAGUUAAUUAAGGUUCUAGUAAAUCGCGCCGAAAAAGAAAUAGAUAUCAUAGCACCAGGAUACACGCACCUCCAGCGUGCUCAACCAGUUAGAUGGAGCCACUUUCUGUUAAGCUAUGCUUGGAGCUUAAAAGACGAUGUGAGUCGACUGGAUGACCAACAAAAUAGGCUUUCAACCUGUCCCCUUGGAAGUGGCGCAAUUGCGGGCUGUGCUUUGCCGAUUGAUCGUCACCGAUUAGCAGAUAGUUUAGGAUUUAAAAACGUUACUCCAAAUUCUAUGUUCGCUGUUGGCUCCAGAGACCAUAUUGUUGAGUUUCUGAAUUGGGUAGCGCUAUGUGGAUUACAUCUGAGCAGAUUGUCUGAAGACCUUAUAAUAUACAGUUCGCAAGAAUUUGGAUUUGUACAGAUAUCGGAUAAAUUUUCUACCGGUUCGAGCUUGAUGCCACAAAAGCGAAACCCAGAUGGACUAGAGUUAAUAAGAGGCGCUGCUAGCGUAUUACUGGGAGAUAGCUUUUCAUUCAGCUGCACACUAAAAGGUCUUCCAAGCACUUAUAACAAAGAUUUGCAAGUCGAUAAGGAAUUACUAUUCAAGUCCUAUGAUCGAUUGUUAAAUUGCUUAAAAGUUAUGAGUGGAACUUUAGAUACAAUGGAGGUAAAUGGUGAUAAAGCAGUCAAGUUGCUGGAGCCCGGCAUGCUCGCUACAGAUUUAGCUCACGCGCUCGUACGUAAAGGAGUACCAUUCAGAAAAGCCCAUCACAUUGUCGGCACAGUUCUACGCCGUGCUUCGGCUUUGGGGGUGGACUUAAAGAAUCUACCCUACCACGAAUAUGUCGAAAUAUGUCCAGAAUUCGGAUCGGAGAAUGAUUUGCAAGUGGUAUUCUCUUGGGAGGGCAGCGUAGAACAAUACACAAGUAUAGGAGGCACAUCACGCAGUUCCGUACAGCAACAGUUGAGUACGCUACAAGAGUGGCUCCUAAUUACUACGAUGUCUUCCUAAAGAUUAUCAUUUUAUUACAGUUUAAUAAAUAUUAUAUAUUGGUAGUUAAUAAAUAAUUGAAGCAUAAA